AUGUGUACCUCAUCCCAUGUAUUACUAUUGAUUUUUUCUCUUUUGUCUCAAGGGUCUUUGAUUUCUGUUUCAAAGUCUAUGCGAAAAGCAGAAGAUAAUAUGCUGCUAAGCACAUUCAGCCUUGGAAAGAUAACGCAGAAUGGUGACAAAGCUGGAAAGUCUCUGCCUACAUCUUCUUUUGAGCAUUAUAAAAUGGAGGACAGCAGUUUUCUGGAUGAAGAUCGAAACCCUCAUUUCUCAAAUAUAGGUUAUAAACAUCAUGUCAUAAACUACGGCCAGCCACGGAGCAUAAAUGUUAAGCAGAUUCCUUAUUUUGAAUUGGAGGGACCUAUGACUUUUCCAUCAAAUGCUGAGGUUGAAAAUAUUGAAUCAAUACAAGAACGGCGUGAGACAGGAAGUGAUGAAAACUCAGCUAAUUUGCCUAUCGGAAGAAGAGAUUUUGAUCUGCUCAGAUGUAUGCUGGGAAGAGUGUAUCGACCUUGUUGGCAAGCCUAAGAUGACCCUGAAGUGCAUCACUUGGAAGAGACAAGCCCUUUCCUUGAUAAGUCACAAAAAAUGUAAUUGUGGUUAAAAUAUUGCUAUGUGUUUGUAAAGAUUCUAAAUAUUUCUAUGUCAGAAUGCUACAUAUUGAAACAAGUGUAAAAUCACAGUGCAUUAUUAAACUGAGAAUUCUGCAUAAAACUUGAUGAUUUAAUUUUUAAGUAUUGUAUAUAUAAAACUUCUGCAUAAUCAUGA